AUGGCUGUUGACCUCAAUGCUCAGCCGGCGAACAACUAUAACUACUAUGCAAAACUUGUGCGAAAUCUCAAAGUGGCUGUCGUCCCAGACUUCACGCUCGAAUCCGGCCAACAACUCCUUGAAGUUCCGGUAGCUUACAGCAGUUGGGGCACACUGAACAAAGAGGCAAACAACGCCCUGAUCAUCUGCCAUGCUCUCACUGGGAGCUCCGAUCUUCAAGACUGGUGGAAGCCCCUGCUUGGCCCAGGGAAGGCAUUCGACCCAACCCGCUUCUUCGUCGUCUGCUUCAACCUACUCGGAUCACCCUACGGGUCCGCUUCUCCACUGACACCCCAUCCGCUCACGGGGAAGCCCUACGGACCUGCUUUCCCUCAAACAUCGCUCAGAGAUGAUGUGCGGAUACAGAAAAUAGUUCUCGAUGCGCUCGGCGUGCUCCAAGUGGCUGCCGUGGUUGGAGGGUCUAUGGGAGGACAACUCGCACUCGAGUGGCCUUUGUGCACACCUCCAGGCUACGUGAAAACAAUCAUACCCAUAGCAACCUCAGCCUACCAAGGCGCAUGGUGCAUAUCAUGGAACGAGUCUCAGAUCCGUUGCGUUCAAGCAGAUGCGCGGUUUCAAGGUGGCAAUUAUGAUCCUGAACCCGAGGGCCAGCCCAUCCAGGGACUGGGUGCAGCGCGAAUGAUCGGAAUGCUCACAUAUCGAUCAUGCACGUCUUUCGAGGCGCGAUUCAGUAGACGUCGAUCUGAUUCGAUGUUCCCAAGUAAGUCAGCAGCGGUCCCGGAUCAGACGCCACCCACUCCGCCUGCGUCUGAUGCAGGUGACGAUGCUUCUGAAGGCGCAGAGCUGAAACCAAUUGGUACUCCAGCCACAGUCACCCCCAUUCUUCCAUUGUACACCGCGCAGAGCUACCUACAGUAUCAAGCCGACAAGUUUCUGAGGCGCUUCGAUGCCAACUGCUACAUUCACCUCCUUAGGAAGAUGGAUACCCACGAUAUCACGCGCGACCGAACGAAUACUGCGCUAACACCAAAUGAGUCGCAGCCCGACCUCAAUAGCCUCGCCCAUAUUCUGCGCACUUAUCUGACACCCGCGCUCGUUGUCAGUAUAGGUUCUGAUAUGUUGUUCCCACCGGACCAGCAAGACCUUCUGGCAGCACAUCUCCCACACGCCCAGCUAGUCAAGCUGCAGUCCUUGGAUGGGCAUGAUGGGUUCCUCCUAGAGCUAGAAAGUAUGGAUGAGCUGGUUCGGUCAUUUCUUCAGCAGCAUAAUCCUGCUGCGUUUGCUGCGGCUCCUAUUCACACCACACGAGAAGGGUCUCUGGGGGAAAGCAGCCUUGACAGCGUCUUUGGCGAGGUAGAUUCUCAUUUUCAAUAG